AUGCCCACGUACGUCCUGACGGGAGCCAACCGCGGGCUGGGGCUCGAAUUCGUGCGCCAGCUCUCGUCCGACGGCGCCAACACGGUUAUCGCCGCCGUGCGCAGCCUCACCCACGGCGAGCUGGACGACCUCAAGCAACUCGCCACGGGCGCCCCGGGCACGGUGCACAUCCUGGAGUGCGACACCAGCGACGCAGCCUCGAUCCACCGCUUCGGCAAGGCUGUCGAGGAAACGCUGGACCACGGCAAGAGCAAGAAGAUCGACUACCUGCUCAACAACGCCGGCAUCAAUGCCACCCCGGACCAGACCAGCCUGACCAUGACGGCCGACAGCCUGCAGCACCACAUCAACGUCAACGUCUUCGGCCCUGCCGAAACGGUCAAGGUCCUGCACGGGAUGAUGGGCCCGGGCAGCGUCGUCAUGAACAUGACCAGCGGCCUGGGCAGUUGCGGGAAGAAAUUACCAAAGUGCACGACGUAUUCUAUUUCCAAAGCCGCCCUGAACAUGUUGACCGUGCACCAAUCCGAGCACCUAAAAGACCAGGGCAUCAAGGCCAUCUGCAUGGAUCCCGGCUGGGUCAAGACGCGCAUGGGCGGCGAGGGUGCGAUUCUCGAACCCGACGUGAGCAUUGGCGGAAUGCUCAAGACGCUGCACGGCCUCAAGGACUCGGAUACAGGCAAGUUCUACACGUACACGGGAGACGAGGUGCCGUGGUAG